GCUCUACUUCCUCCUGUCAUACUCGUGCUCCAUGCAAUCCGCUAUCGCUCGCUACCCACCUGGGAGGACCAGGCCUUCUCCGAGCAACACACAUGGAGAUCAUGGGAGCUCGCGUACGCGACAGUAUCCUUCAGUCGGCCCGGGUACCGAGAAAGUUGAAGUCGACGUCCAAGACGGCCUGCAAAUAGCUCUCGGAGUGGCUGCAGUGCUGGUCGCUGCAAUCGCGACUGCAGUCAUCCUCGGCGCGCUCUUGUCAUUCGUCCGUAGGAGGCGCCGAAAGCAGGGGGACACGGAUGAUAACGACGAUAGCGAUUCAUUGCUUGGGGACGCAUGGGCGUGGUCAGACCCCCCUCAAGACGCGCUGACACUGGAUUCAAUCAACGGCGACGCGCCUUCCCCCACCAACUCGUCCAGAGCCUCCAGCUCCCCACUACCCAGCCCGGUGUACGGCAGUCCGCACCAGACGCCCUACUUGACCCUCCGCAUUCCCGGAGAGCCCGCAACGCCGCAAUCUGACAGGGGUUUUGUGCCCAUCCUGCCAUCUCAGCUUUCACGCGCCAGCACCGCCUCUCGUCGAAGUGCCUGGGCAUGGCCAUGGUCGCGCCGCGCCGCAGAGUCCUACGAGCACCUCGUGUCUCCCGGAGAUGAGUACACCUACAUCGCCUCCGUCACGCCCUCGACCGCUGGUGUGGCAGAGGAAGACACCUUCUGGGACGCCCCCGAGUUGACGCUGUUUCCGCCACCCUAUCACCAUCACCAUCCAUCGGCACCUCGUCCUCACGCCCCUGGAAGUGGCCGCAUUUACCUUACGGGCCCAGCGGUUUUCCCAACCCGCGCUCCCCCACGGGCUCACGGCGCCGCGCUGAGCGUCCCACCCCGUGACGACGGAGAAAGCGACGUCGAGGACGAGAUGCCACUUGCCGAGACGCGCCAGCGACUGCUGGAUGGCGCCUCAGCGAGCGAGUCAAACCGCGGGGACGCUCGUACAUCGAGCCAGCCUCAGGCUGCUACACAAGCGUGGCUGGUGCCAGAAACAGGCAACGCGAGGGUGCCCGAUUCUUCGUUCAAUCCAGCGGCCCUCAACGCGUCGUCCGCGGCGGUCCAAGCCGCGCUGCUCAACCACAAGGUCUCCACACAUGGCCUCCUGCUCGCGACACUCACGGCAUUUAAUGCGACGACCGUGUCCCCGAGCAACACUACUGGAUCCCCGAGUAACACGUCCGGCUUCCAGGGCAACACGAUCGCGACCGCUGCUCCUACCAGCCAGACUACACCCAUCCACCAGGCACUCAAAUCAAACUACAACCCCGGCUUCCUCAACUUAAUCGAGGAGAGCCAUGCGAGCUCGCUUCGGAACGCCCCCGGACCCGAGUCAUCUCAGGGUAACGCUGCAGAUGCGCCCGCGGGUGUAGAGAUGCGGGAAGCCCGGUCUACGUCGGAACUCGGAGAUGGCUUCGCGUCGACUGUGUCUGUGAUGCUUGCGGGUUCCAGCGGCAAUCGCCACGUUGAACCAUCACACCGAGCCGCGUUCUCUCAAGACCGACUCGUUCGCACUACGGAGAGGCAGACGAACACGGAGGUCCCGGAGGUCAUUCACGAAGCAGAGCGCCUACCUCAAGCAGACAUCAACGUCAUCGUCGCCGUCGCAUGUCUCCUCUUCAUCACCAUCUGCAUCGGCAUGGGCGGAUGGGUCUACUAUGUGCGACGCCGAAAAGCCGCAACAAAAAUAUCCCGCGAUACCAUGGAGACACGAGCGACGAGUCCGACGUCGUCCAUAGCCGGGCUCAUCUCUCCCGACGAAUCGGUCCUACACGAACCGACGGCAUUCUAUGCGAGUCGUAUGGUGCGGUCUCGCGAUAGCCAAGUUGGACCCCCGCCUGUGGAAGAAGUAUAG